UGAUCCGGGCACUUAGGGCAGGAUGAACGCUGCUUUCCAAGAUGGCGACGGAGGGAGGAGGGAAGGAGAUGAACGAGAUUAAGACUCAAUUCACCACCCGGGAAGGUCUGUACAAGCUGCUGCCGCACUCGGAGUACAGCCGCCCCAACCGGGUGCCCUUCAACUCGCAGGGAUCCAAUCCUGUCCGCGUCUCCUUCGUCAACCUCAACGACCAGUCUGGCAACGGCGACCGCCUCUGCUUCAAUGUGGGCCGGGAGCUCUACUUCUAUAUCUACAAGGGGGUCCGCAAGGCUGCUGACUUGAGUAAACCAAUAGAUAAAAGGAUAUACAAAGGAACACAACCUACUUGUCAUGACUUCAGCCACCUAACAGCCACAGCAGAAAGUGUCUCUCUCCUAGUGGGCUUUUCCGCAGGCCAAGUCCAGCUUAUAGACCCAAUCAAAAAAGAAACUAGCAAACUAUUUAAUGAGGAAUCUGACUUUCCUCGCACCUGGAAGCCAAGGAGCUUCAGAGGCUUCAGAGUACUUUCACGUAUCCCUCUACCGGGGAGGGUGGAGAGCUGGCCUCAUUUCACAGAACUCUUGUCAGCCCUUGUGGAGGUGGAUUGGAAUGAAGAAAGAGAGAAUGAAGGUAGCAAGACCAGUGAGGAGGCUCUAGUAACUGUCCAGGUUCAAGGCCACGGUGAAUGUGCUUGGACAGCCCUGGUCUCCUUGGCAUGUUUGGAGCAAACCUACUUAAAGGGCACGCUGGGGAGGAGGGACCCUGCAGCCUGGGCUGGCGAGAGCUGCCCGCGGGCUCCAGUCUUCCCCUCCUGCAUCCCCGGUGCCCCCUGUCCACCUCUAGGACAAGAGCGCGGUUCUGCGCCUUCUGUAGUUCUGUUUCUGUUGUUGCUUUUGUUAAUCAAAGGAAAGAAAAGAUCUCCUUAAAGUUUUAACACUGGUAACAGUGACUUUGAAAUCUUGUAUCCAUGGCUCUGAGACCCCCUCCCUGAUGCUUCCCAAGGGAAGCCUGAGCCCUCUCCCAAGGGCCGUGACAGGAGAGGCCUUGGCCAGGGCUUUCCCAGCAGCUGCCAUGGGCUUUGAGUUUGUUCAUCUGAGUAUUUUUUAUAAGUUAAUAUCUGUACUGUAAAAGGCAUACUCACUCCACCCCAAAUAAUUUUUUCCUGCUUGUCACGUUGAUAGUGAAAAGAGGGAAAGACGAAGGGAGGAAGGAAAGUAAGUGCUUUAGAAAGCUUCAAUUAAAAUUAGUCAUUUUAGCAGCAGCACUUUAAGGUGGUUACAGAUGUAUUUUUAUUCUUCUUUCCUUUUAAGGUAUAGUAUAUUUAGAAAAUCUUUUAUCUGUUAAUUAAUUGUAGGUAGUGUCUUUGUGUCUUAUUUGCUCGUUCACUGGGUUGAUACCCUGCAGUCAGACAGUUUAUUUGGCCUUCAGAAUUACAAAUGUGGGGUGGCCUUCAGUGACUACUCAGCGGUGACAUGGAGCAGCCCCCACCCUCCCACCCGGGAACACCAGCCCAAGGAGAGGUGUUCUCACAGCCACGGAAAGGGGCUGACGUGCAGACGGCGUGACCAGAACCGCAUGGAGCAUUCUGUGGUUUGACUCUGUCAGCCAGGCUGGGCGACCUCCCGCCCUCCUGCCCGAGCACCUCGCAGUCCGCGGGGACACCACCCAGACCCAGACCCCACGGACUUGCAGAGUCGCCUCACCUCUGCCUGUCAUUUUCUUCCCUGUCUCUUUUUCCAGCCUGAGGGGCAGGGAGCUUUCUUUGGGAUCCCUCAUGAGUCCUGUGCCCCUCUCUUCCUGAUCCUUCCUCACUCGGCCAGGCAUCUACCCACCACCCUCCUACUCCCCCAGCCCACCCCAGCCCCAGCCCCUUGCCCUUAGGUCCUUUUCUCAGCCUGCAGACUUCCUUCCCAUGCUCUCUCCAAAGGACACCUCUGUGCCCUGCUUGGCCCACUGCCCUGUCACACUUGUGCGUCUGUGUGUAUUGGAGGUGUGAGUUCUGCCACUUGCCAGUGGGAUGCCCUUGGUAAAUUGCUGUGCCUCUCUCCUCAUCAGAGAACCCGCCCACUGACUGAGGCAGGCGGGGUGCAGAGCAGGGCUCCAGGCCUGGCACUCAUGCCCCCCACCAGCCUGCCCCUCUGGGUUCCCUUCUGCUCUGCUGGUCUCCGGCCCACUCCCUCUAAGGGGGCUUUUCCUGGGGUUUCACACCUUCCUCACCCUCCUCCUCAUUGUCUUCUGUGGAGACCCCCUUGGGUGUCACACAUCUGGUUCUUCUAGCCCUCGCUGAUUUCCUUGCCUUCCUUGGUCACGAUCGUCAGCUGCAGACCAACACCCUGGCUGCCUCCUCGGCCUCCUCCCGCCGGCGUAUGUGUUCUUGGAGCCUCAGCGCCCGCUCUGCCACCCCCGCCCCUGCCCCAUCCUCCAGGGCCUCUGCCAUCCCUCCGCUGUCACCUGUGGCUCUCCUGGUACACCCCACCCCAGCCCACCUUCGUUCUGGGCCCCCUGCCCUUCCCCUUUUCAGAAACCUUUAGUGCCCCCACUGUCUACAGCAACGCUGCCCAGUAGAAGUAUAGUGCAACCCAAAUUUCCAUUUUGAAUUUCCUAAUAACCACAUUACAGAAGUAAAGCGUAGGUGAAUUUUAAUAAUAUUCUUUAAUUCAUGCAGCAUAUCCAAAGAAUUAUCAUUUCAACGUAUAAUCAGUAUAAAAAUUAUUGAGAUGUUCUGCCUUCCUUUUUUCACACAGAGUCUUUGGAAUCCGGAAUGUGUUUCCCACUCACGGCACAUCUGCAGGCACACCUGCCUCAUGCCAGGCCCUUGGCAGCCACAUGGCUCGGGACGCCCGCUGGAUGGCACAGGGCUGCGGGGUUAGAGCCGGGCUCCUGGGUCAGGGACGGUGGGGCCCUUGGGACCCCACCACUCACAUGUCCAGGCUUAAUUGUCCCUGCCCCUGCACUGCAGCCAGAAUGGGUGCUGCUGGUUUCCCACAGCCUUUUGCCUUCCUGUCCCGAGCCCUUGCCUGGCCCCCCAUGGCCCACCAGUCCCCCUGCCCCCUGCGCCGUCCUCAGAGCCCAGGCCCUCGUGCCCCUGCCCGCCGGGCCUGCUUCUAUCUCCCCACCUCCCAGGCUGCCCUCUUGUCCGAGAGCAUCUGAGAAGGGCCCAGGGUUUGCUGAGGGCAUUUUUCCGACACCCUCACUCAGAUCAAGGUCCUCUUGUGGUGAAGAAUUCCAGCCCAUUGGGGAAAUUCCGUUACCAACACCUGACCACUGCUCAAGAGCCGUUUCUUUUUUUGCUACAUAUUUUCGGGAACAAAAAUAUACUGGAUCCUUAUGUUACAGAAACUGAGCUGCCUAAUUUUAAUUUUUUUAUAUUUGUUGAAUAAAAUGUUCCAGUUAUUUUUGUUUCAUAAUUUGAAAGACAGAAGUAAAAUGCUUUCUGUUGUUAAACCCAAACCAAAUAAUAACCCAAAAUAAUUUAAAUUAAAUGAUCAAGGAUUUUACCAGAUGGUUUUCGCCUCCUUUGGGAACAUCUUAGAGGAAUGGCCUUGGGUGGUGCCCUCACACCACCAACCCCUCCCAUGGGCCUUCCCUCCCAGACGGUCCCCAGAGCUGGUCCCCGUUGUCUGGGCCACAGAAGAUGGGCGCCCACUUUGGGAUCUGAGGGCCCUACGCUGCCUUUCCAUUUUGCCACUUGGGAGCAGCGUGGCCUCCCCUCCUGCCCCUUUCCUGGCUGUCCCACCCCCACUGACCUCUCUGCUGUUUCUCUGCGGGCUUGGUUGGCUUUGCCUCGGGGCCUCUGUGUUGUCCCCUGCUUGGCAGCCUGUCCCCCAGCCUGCCCCCAGCCAAGGAGGCCUUUACUCUGCUGUCCUGCCGGAGAUCACAGUCACUGCAGCCCCCCACCCCCCACACACACCCGCACACACACUUCUGUAUUUUCUACUCAUUGUGUUUUUUUCUUCAUAGUACUUAUUACCAUAAGAUCUUACAAACCUUAUCUUCUCAUCCCACUGGAACAAAUUCCACGCAGAAAAUCAUUUCUGUUUUAUUCCCAGCUGUUUCAGUGCCUGGCACAUGGCAUACACUCAGUGAAUAUUGGAUGGAUGGAUGGAUGGAUGGAUGGAUGGAUGGAUGGAUGGAUGGAUGGGACCUCUCAGAGCCUUUGUUUCCUCACAUGUGAUGCAGCUCUCACGCCUUCUGUGGAGAGACAGGUGCUCCUGCUUUACUGAUGAGAGUAUGCAUCCUUCCAGCCUCCAGGAGAGGCACUUUGGAAACUCGGGAAGAAUUUGAAAUGUGUGUGCCCUUUGGCCUAGCUGUGCCACUCCGCACGUGUCCAGGCCACGGGGUCUCACUGCCUCGCUGUGAUAACGGAAGACUGGAAAGGGCACAGAUACCCUGCAGUGGGGGACUCUGAAAGUAAACUACAGCGUAGCCAGCCAUCUCGUCGAUGCCAUGCAGCUUUAGGAAGGUGGGGGGAGGCACCCUUUGUCCCGACACAGGUGUCUCCGGAGUGUCACUGCGGAGAGGCUGGGUGCAGGGCGCAGUGCGCUGCCUUCUGUGGAGGAAGGUGGGGUGGGCGCCCGGUGUGCAUGCUUGGCUUGUGCCUGCACGGGAGGCCUGGGAGAGGCAAACGGGACGGGCAGCAGUGACUGGGGACAGGGCUGGAGAGGAGCGGGACACAAGGGGGGCUUCUCACUGUGAGCGGUUGUGAAUUACGGGUGGGCUGCCUGCUGGCCAGGUCUGUGUGCAGAGCUGCCCUCCCGGGGCCUGGCACCCAGAGUGGAUCCUCAGGGCCUGUUGUUGACGUAGUACAUGGACAUUGGUGGGUAUGCCUCUCCCUCCCAGACAUGCUGAGACACGGGGGACCCCGGGUGAAAGACACGUUUUUUUCCCUGCCCUCGAGCACACAGUCUGGUAGGGAAGUCAAUUGAUGAUGCACAGUGAGCAGGCCGUUCCCCACGCCGUGUUAGAGCUGGGGCCUCCGCUCCUUCUUCCUGCUCACCAGUGCUGGAGCGUGUGCCGGCACGGCCCCAGCAGGGCUUGGUGGGUGGGGUUCCCCGUUCUCCGUGAGGUUCAUCCAUACGUCUGCUCACAGUGUCUCCAUGAAACAUUUCAGUGUGUUUUAUCAUAGCAAUAACCUUUCUUUUAAUAAUGGUGCUAUAAUUAUUUAUCUUUGUAUCUCACAAUUUUGGAGCAGUACCAUUUGUAUUUAACAUUUUAUAGUUUUCAAAUUCUAAUGAAAUUUUUUGUUGUGUUUUUUAAAAAUCAAAAAUGAAAUUUACUCCUGACCAUACUGCUGGAAUAUGUUAUGUCCUUAAAACUUUCCAUGCACAAUAAAUACUCUUACACUGUUAAUGCAGAAAUGAUCUUGGAAAAAUGGGAAUUUGGUUUAGAUGUGAUAAACCAAAGGUGUAAGGUGCAAGAAUGGGGAGCCCCUCGGACGGGGCAGCAGGCUGGCCUCGGCCCUCAGCUCCUGUCGGCCCCCUGCCGCUGCUACCGGGGUGGGAGCCACGGGGGGCCGCAGGCAUGGCCAGUGGGCUCAGUGAGCACAUAACACAGGCUUCUCUUACCUCCUGCCAAAGACACUCUGCAGGGCUUCUGGAAACGCUGCCAGGGUGCUGCCAGGCCUUCAGGUGCUGGCAUUAGGUGGGUCAGGUGCCUUUUACGGGUUGGUCACCUGCAGGGAAGGAGCGAGGCAGGGUUGAAGCCCCGACCCGGUGGGUGGGCUGGCCGGGCCGCCCGUGACGACAUGCUGUGGAGUGGCAAGCUGUGCACUUUCUGCCGAGUGGCCUUUGCCUGACCCCUGUCCCUGAGCCCUCAGGGCUGCAGGAUGGGUGGGUUCCAGCCGCCCUGUGCAGGCCUCCCCCUUCCUCCCUGGCUGGGGUCCUUUGUUAGUGACCCCCUUCUGAAAUCUGGGGUUCUGCACCAGCUUGCCUGGCUCACUGAUUUCUUCUUUCUCAGCCCUGCUAGUAAAGACCAAGUUUUCUCAUCUCCAUAGAGGUAGUAUCCACAGCAGACACACAGCAGCAGUGUAGUCUAGACAGGAUGUGGCCUGUUUCCAGGAACGCCUGUGGAGGGAUUGCAUACACGUGCCCCAGCGCCCCCGAGACGCAAGUGAGGCAGUCCCAGUUAGCUAGGAGGGUGGUCAGCAAGAGCCACCUGGGCUCCCAGGGUUAAUGGUGAGGGGGCAGCAGAGUGCCCUUGGCAGUGGGGGUUUCUAGGGAGAAUUUGGGAUCUUGGGCACUUCUGGAUGGUGUCUGGGUGUGAUACCGAGGUGAGGCAGUUUGAGGGGAUGUCCGGGUGGAGGAGGCUGCUGGGCCGGCGGUCCUUGCAGCAGGGUCUGCUAGCAGCGAGGGCUGCAGGUUGUGCCUCUGGUUUUUGUUCAUAGUUUUUGCCUUUUGCUC